UUGUCUGCACCCUGAGUCUGGAGACAACUUGAGGAAUUGCAUGCAUGUUGAUAUACUCUGUUCUGCGUGAAUAAUUUGCUUCGUUCCCUGUGCACUCAAUAAGUAGAUAUGGACAUGGUCCAGUUUCAACCCCGUUAGAUGUGUGUUCAGAAUCUUGCAAAUCUGUUGCGGGGUCUUCUUUGUUACUGCCUUGCAACUAUCUCCAGUAAAAGGAGCAAGAAGAUAGCUGACACCGAGUAGGUAUUCCAAGCUGCAGCGGGGUUUAAUCACUAAGUUCGUGGGACUUACUGCCCUCUCGCUCUCAUCUUUACUCAAGAUGCCUGCUCCGGAAUAUAAGAGCUAUUUUAAGCUACUUCAGAAGUUCAAGCCAGACUAUUCUCCUAGCGAGUUCACCCAGUAUGAGUCUGAGAGAACCGGCAUGAGGGUGGUCGUUAUCGACCAAAAAGGCCCUAAAGUGACUGGCUAUUUUACACUUGCGACCGAGAUCCAUGACGACUCCGGUGCUCCUCAUACCCUCGAGCAUUUGUGCUUCAUGGGAUCAAGGAACUACCGCUAUAAGGGGUUCCUUGACAAACUUGCAACUAGGGCAUAUUCGAAUACAAAUGCUUGGACGGCCACCGAUCACACCGCCUACACACUCGAUACUGCUGGAUGGGCUGGCUUUUCCCAGAUCCUGCCAGUAUAUCUCGAGCAUGUGAUCGCGCCUACCCUUACUGAUGAGGGAUGCUAUACUGAAGUCCAUCAUAUCGAUGGUACCGGACACGAUGCCGGGGUGGUAUACUCGGAAAUGCAGGGCGUCCAGAACAAUGCCGCGGAACUUAUGGACUUGCGUGCUAGACGAUUGCUAUAUCCUGAAGGCGUGGGGUUCAGAUAUGAAACUGGAGGAAUGAUGGAACAGCUGCGCGUACUGACUGCUGAACGAAUUCGCCAAUUCCACCGUGAUAUGUACCAGCCCAAGAAUCUCUGUCUCAUAAUCACUGGCGAAGUCGAUCACGAAGAUAUGCUUCGGACGCUAGAUAAGUUUGAAGACGGCAUUCUCGAUAUUAUCCCUAGUCCACAGGCUCCCUUUAAGAGACCCUGGGUUGAGUCUCGCCAGGCCCCGGCUCUCCCACAGUCUAUCGUCGAAACCGUGGAAUUUCCUGAGGACGAUGAAUCUUCUGGUGAGAUUGAGAUAAGAUUUCUGGGCCCAGACUGCACAGAUCCAGUACAGACUGGUGCCGUGAAUGUUAUGCUCUUGUAUCUGGCAGGUUCUUCGGCUUCUCUUUUGGAGAAUGUCCUUGUAGAAAAGGAGCAAGUUGCCAGCGCCGUCUACUAUUCUACCGAAGAUCACCCCAGCAUUGAGAUCCGCUUCACCUUGACCAGCGUUGCCACGGAGAAGCUGGCUCAGGUGGAGAAUAGAUUCUUCGAGGUCUUGAAAGAUGCCAUGGAGCAAGAGCUUGACAUGAAGUAUCUGCAUGAAUGUAUCGAGCGCCAAAAGCGUAGCUGGAAGUUUUCCACAGAAAGCUCCGCGACAUCUUUUGCCGAAUAUGCCAUUUCCGAUUUCCUGUUUGGCAAGAGAGAUGGUUCCACCAUGCUUGAUGUCGCAAGUUUGAAAGAAUAUGAUACCUUGGAGAAAUGGAGUGAAAAUGAUUGGCGCAACUUCAUCAAGAAGUGGAUUUCCGAUGCACCGCAUGUUUCUAUCCUGGGUGUGCCAUCAGCUAAGCUCUCUGAGAAGCUGAAGAACGAUGAGGAAGCAAGAGUCGCAGCACAGAAGGAGCGAUUAGGACAGGACGGCCUAAAGAAGCUCGCAGAGAAACUUGCAAAAGCUCAAGCAGAAAAUGACAAAGAGAUCCCCCAGGAGAUGCUUGCUAAGUUCAAGAUUCCGCCUACGGACUCGAUCCAUUUCGUGGAGACGACAACUGCUCGAGCAGGGGCAGCAUUAAAAGACGGACGACCAGAUAACAAGAUCCAGAAGCUAGUGGACAGAGACGGUUCCGACUCUCCUUUGUUCAUUCAUUUCGAGCAUAUUCCAAGUAGCUUUGUCCAGCUUUCUGUGCUUAUAUCUGCCGAGUCUGUCCCUGUGGAGCUUCGCCCCCUACUCGCUGUCUACAUUGAAGCAUUCUUCGGUCUACCGAUUUCUCGAAAUGGCCAGGUGAUUGAUUUUGAACAAGUUGUUGUUGGACUGGAAAGAGAUACCGUUGGAUAUUCGAUGGAGGGCGCCCGAAGCUUGGGCAACUCUGAGAUGUUACGCAUCUCGUUCCAGGUCGAAGUAGAGAAAUACAGCACUGCCAUCAACUGGUUGAAGGAGCUAGUCUGGGAUUCGAUCUUUGAUAUUGACAGGCUCAAGGCGAUCACAAGUCGACUUCUGGCUGAUGUUCCGGAUGCCAAACGCAGCGGAGAUGACAUGCUUGCCGCGGUUCAUGUCAUGGUCCAUUAUGCUGCCGAGUCUAUUGUCCGGGCGAAAAGCACUCUAGUAAAAGCUCGUUAUCUGAAGCGUAUCAAGAAGCUUCUCGCUACCCAGCCAGAGCUUGUCGUCUCUCGCAUGGAGGAUAUCAGGAAGUCUCUCUUCCGCUUCGAGAACUUCCGCGUUCUGGUGAUCGCUGAUAUUGAGAAGCUUGCCAACCCCGUCUCAUCCUGGAAGCCAUUCGUGAACAAGUUGGAAAGAACCAGCUCCGUCAGACCUGUGACAAACCGGAGAGCUCUGCUCAGUGAGGCUGGAAAUAACCUUGGCAAAUUAUCGUAUGUAGUGCCGAUGCCUACCAUCGACUCAUCUUUUGCGUAUGCAACGGCUAGGGGUCUCGAUUCUUACGAUCACCCGAAGCUCCCAGGUUUGCUGGUGGCACUUGCUUACAUGAAUGCUGUCGAAGGCCCUCUGUGGGUUGCGGUGCGCGGAACAGGUCUGGCAUACGGAACAAGCUUUGCCUACAACAUCGAUACAGGCUUCGUCCACUUUGACGUAUACCGCUCUCCAAAUGCUCACAAAGCAUUUGAGGCAAGCAAGAAAAUCGUCGGCGAUCACGCAUCUGGCGCCACUCAAUUCGAUGACAUGAUGCUUGAAGGUGCAAUUAGUAGCAUCGUGGUCAGCUUUGCCAAUGAACAAGCCACUAUUGCCAGCGCAGCACAAGGCAGCUUCAUUCGGCAGGUGAUUCGGAACUUACCUAGCGACUACAAGGAAAAUAUUUUGAAGAAAGUCAGCGCUAUCAGCACACAGGAGAUCAAUGAGGCGCUAAAGACUAUCAUCAUGCCCCUAUUCUCUCCCGAGACGUCCAACAUCGUGAUCACUUGUGCUCCGAUUAUGGAGAAGGUAAGACAGACCCGGCCACCUCCUUAGUUUCAUUCAGUGCGUACUAAUUCUCCUUUGCAGACCAUCAAGG